UCGAAUUUCGAUUGCUCGAAAUAUAUAUAUAUAUAUAUAUCAUCUUUUUUCAAAAUUUGAAAUAAAUUAUAGAUGAAUGAAAAUUUGACGUUGUAAUAUGAUGUUUUAGGUAUUUAAUAUUUGGUAAGCAUAGCAAUUGAUUUGAGAGACAGAAGUUAGAAUGUUGCAUAAUGGAUUGAGGUCAACGUGUGUCAAGCCUUUUAUCGUGCCGGAAAAGUGUCCUAUUUAGAAAUCACGAAUACCUCGCGGUUCUUCCUAGUUCUCACCGCGCAUGGCGCGAACUGAACUGAAACUCACCACCUUUGUGUUUAGUUUAGUUUAUUGCAUCGAGACGCCUCCGAAUCUUAUUUUAAAUACAUCUAUCUUACUUUUUUUUUUCUUCAUAUUUUUCAGAAUUUAACAAGAUUUUCCAUUGAAAGAAGAAUUCGUCAUCGAUAUAAAAACCGAUCUUACGACGAUUCUAUGACUUUUUUUUUCGAAGGAAUAAUCUUCGGGAAAGAACGUUCACGAAGAAAAUAAUAAUUAAGGGUGAAAGAAAAAAAAAAGAUUGAAAUGCGUCUCCUCCGUAUAAUAGAUCAGAAGAACAUUUUUUUGUGCCGCAUUCGAGCACAUCUCAAACAAGUUACUUGUGAUCGAUUUGUUAAACAAAAAUGAGAAAUAAGAUAAGGAUAAAGGAAGAGAAGAAAAUAAAGAAAAGGUAAGACAUCUAAUAAAAACGAAAGAAGUCCAUGCGCCGAAACGGGGGAGAUUCGUUAGCCGACGAAGAUGCCGCUUCCGAAUAUUCUCAGGAAAGCGAGCAAUUACAUCCUCGGCGACGGCAGCCAGGAUGAACGUCGUACUAUUUAUCAGGAUGGUGAAGCAUUGUUUUGUAAGAACAAUGUCUGCGUACAUCCCCCAACUUUAACGCGUCAGAAUUCUGACGUCGUGCAUCAUCCUGGAUACAUGACCAUAACCUGUAAGUUUAAUAAAAAUUCUGACGUGCCAACAUUGCAUCUUAGUUGGAUACCUAAUAGCACCUUACGUAAACAUCCAACUACUUUGGAAAGUUUAAAUGUAAGAAAAUUGGAGAGUAUUGUGAUGUCUCGUGAUACUGAAACCAGCGAGCCAUGUCAUACAAAGAUUUCAGAGCUUGGAGAGAAACGCUAUGAGAGUAGUUGCGAGAAGGAAUCUCUGGAGGAGAGAGUCGAUGUUUGUUUGGAAGCAAAAGAACCUAUUAGGUGUGGCGAUUGCGAACGUGUUUGUUCUGGAGGAUUUUCUACCGGAGUACGUAUUUGCGAGGAUGAAGACACUUCCAAGGAUAUUGAAUCAAUGGAAGAAGCAGAAAAAUGUAAGAAUACUAUUGACAAUGAUUAUAAAAGUAUAGAAGAUGAUCGGAUACAUUUAUGUUAUGACAAUGUGAGUAUUAAGAGUCGUAGUAUGUCGCUGACUUCUACUUGUAGUCUCUCUAUAUCUACACACACAGAUGCUGAAGAAAUACCAUCAUGGAUGAGAUCGCCUGAACUUCUGGCACUUCAACAUAAUCUUACUUUUCCUGAAAGUGCAACUGCCUCUCCUGUUACAUUAAGAAGAGCUCAUCGAUGUAGAAGAUUUUCCGUGGAUCUUAGUGAAAUGCGAUCCUUGAGGUUAUUCUUUGCAGAUCCAGCUUGUACAUGUGGACAAUUGGUAGUUGCUAGCAGAGAAAGUCAAUACAAGAUCUUACACUUUCAUCAUGGUGGAUUGGAUCGCCUUGCUGCUACUUUACACCAAUGGCAUCAAUUACUUUAUCCUAGAUUGGACGCUGAUACAGAGGAAACUUUACCUUAUAGGCAUUUUAUGGUUUGUCGACCUGAGGUGAGGCGCGAUGAAUUGCAUCCUGAAGAAGGACAAGUUCCAAUGAUUACAUCUUUAGCAUGGAAAGACUUAUUAAAUGAAAAGGGACAAGUAGAAGAUGAUUUGGCUCUCCGUAAAGGAAUCUUUUUUGGAGGGCUGGAACCAGCUUUGAGAAAAAUUGUUUGGCCCUUCCUCUUACAUUGUUAUUCUUAUCAAAGCACUUACGAAGAUCGAGAACAAAUUGAUGCUCUUAGAAGACAAGAAUAUGAGGAAAUUCAAAAACGUAGACUAAACAUGAAUCCAGAACAGGGAGAACGUUUUUGGCGAAAUGUAGUUUGUAUAGUGGAAAAGGAUGUUGUACGAACAGAUAGAGGAAAUCCAUAUUACGCUGGAGAGGAUAAUCCAAAUAUCGAAGUUAUGAAAAAUAUUUUAUUAAAUUAUGCGGUUUAUAAUCCCCGAUUGGGAUACACUCAAGGUAUGUCUGAUUUAUUGGCUCCAUUAUUGGCAGAACUUAAUUCAGAAAUCGAUGCCUUCUGGUGUUUCGCUGGAUUGAUGCAAAGAUCGGUAGCAGUGUGUACACCUACUGAUAUAGAUAUGGAUAGAAAUUUGUGCUAUCUCAGAGAAUUAAUUAGAAUUAUGGUGCCAGAUUUCUAUAAUCACCUACAGAAACAUACAGAUGCCUUAGAAUUAUUAUUUUGUCAUCGAUGGAUCCUCUUGUGUUUAAAACGUGAAUUUCCAACCGAAGUUGCUCUCAUCAUGUGGGAAGCUUGCUGGGUCAACUAUUUAACGGAUCAUUUUCACUUGUUCCUUUGUUUAGCCAUAAUGUGUGUUUACGCUGACGACGUUAUAGCGCAAGAUCUUAGAACCGACGAAAUGCUAUUGCAUUUUAGUUCACUUGCCAUGUAUAUGGAUGGAAAUUUGAUAUUAAGGAAGGCACGCGGUCUUCUUCAUAAUUUUCGUCAGCUCGUUCGUUUACCUUGUACACUUGCUGGACUUUGUCGCCAAUGUGGUCCAGGAAUGUGGGAUAGCAGUCAUGAUCCGGUAAUUGAAUGCAUAGGUCACGAAGAUGCAUCAUGCCCUUAUUUGGAUAAUUACGAUUAACGACCUAAUUUAUUAUACUAGCGAUUGCAUAUAAUUAUAACGUUAUAUGCUUAUUAUAACGUUACAUGCUAAUUUACUCAUAACCCGAUUUAAUGAAAGUAAAAAAAGAAAAAAAAAAAUAAAUAAAACCGAAUACGUCUUCGGUUUGUAAAUACAAAAUUAAGUCUGUCUCUAAAUGUUUUCGAUAUCAUUUACAUUAGUUCGUAUUCGGUUUCAGUAUAAGAUGAUGGUCCAGAUAAUAUGUAUUCAAUGAGUUAUAUCGAAUAUCAAUUUAGUCAAACCUGAAAAAUACACAUAUCUAUAACAAAAAUACAAUUUUUGAUAAAAACAGCCAACGUUUCAAAUAAAAAUGAACAAGUUUGGUAGUGAUAUAGAAAAUGAUAUACAGCUUUUUAGACAGCGUUCAUAUUGUCAAUCUAUAUAUAGGGUGUUUCGUAACUUGUGGGACACACUUCAUCGAUAGUUAGGAAAUGCUAAACAAUGUAAAAUGUUCAUUUAUAUAUAUGAUCCAUUUCACUUUGUUCCCAUAUUAAAAAAUAAGAAUAGCAAUAGUAAAGAACAGUAGACGUACAACAGUUUAGAAGUUUUGCUACAGCAAUUAUUUUAUCCAUACAAAUGGGCCACAUGUUUAUAUGAACUUUUUUCAUUGUUUGUUGUCUUCUGUCCACUAAUGAAAUGAGUCCUACAUGUUAUGAAAUAUUCUGUUUAUAUAAUAGAUAAUACAUAUAUAUUGCCGCGAAUGAUAUAAUUAGACACCAUAAAUGAUAUUGUUCGUCGAUAUAAAAGAAUAUCUACGAUAUAUGUAAAUAUCGAACUUCGUGCGCAAUGAUAAAUAGUUAUCGCGAUUAGAGAAAAUUCACGAAAUAUUUAGAAAUUCUGCACACACAUACCUUUAGUACAAUCGAAGACUGAUGAUCGAAAAGGAUGAAGAAAAUACAAUCAUCCUAGUCUUAAAGUUCAGAAUUAAUUAGAACAAACUCUUAGAUGAUACAAAUUUCAUUUUACGACGAGAUUAAUACGUCGAUUAUCAAUUUUUAAAGGACACAAAUAAGAAGCUUUCGAGUGUACAGAACAAAACCAAAGAGAGAAAUCAAAGGCAUCUUUGUAGAGCGACAAAAAAAAAAUAUCUCUUAUAUAUAUAUAACGUGUCUAUUUUAAAAUUCUUUUAUCACCUCAUGAUAUGAAUCUUUUAUAUAUAUAUUUAGGUAAUUUUUACUCGCUUGCCAUUAUUCACAAGUAUUAUAUUAUUUAUAUAAGUUAUAUAUUUAAUGUGUUUUAUAUUAACUUUUUUUUUUUUCUUUUUUUUUUUUUUUUAAUUCAAUAUCUGUGUUCUCGUGUUAUAUACGAAAUUUGUUCAUGCCUCAUAGGCUGUGAAUUAUGUAUACAUAUAUAUUCAUAAUAAUUUAUAUUAUCUCAAUAAAACAUAUAUAUAUAUUUUUUUCUGUCCUGUGUGAUUGUAAAAUAUUGUGCGUUUUUGUAAAAUGUUAAAUUGUGAUAAAUGUGCGCGAAUGUUCGACCGUUUGCAGAAAUCUUGCACUUUGGUUAUUCUAUAUAUGUUUUCAAUGCGAUUAAAACCAAUUUAUAAGAUUUCUGAAUUGAACGGUUAACGUGCUUUAACUGUGCUACCUUGUGUUGUUGGAAUUUUAAAGAGAAUUCUAUCUGUGUUAAAAGUCUGUCACACUCGAGUCUAUUAUAAUAUAAACUAUAAAAUAAUAUAAAUAUAUAAGAUAGUAAUAUAUGUAUAUAUGCAUAUAAAUAAAUCUAAAUAAACUUGUACAAUCAAUUAUAUAUUUAUUUUCGUUUGCAUUGCUUUUUGGAAAAUAUAUAUGCAUUUUUUGUUUAUUGUACGCUACAUUUGUACAGGUACAAAGUUUUUCAAACAUACUAUCAGUACUUUUUUGGCAGUUUUACACUUAUAUAAAAAUAUUUCUGUACUAUUAUCUUAAGACUUAUAUAUAAUAAUACACCAUUGUAUAAUUAAAUUAUGAUACAUUAACAAUUAACUCCAUUUACUUGCUCACUCUUGGCCUUUAACACUGUUACAAUCAGUGAAACAUCUGAUACAAAUUUGCAAAAGUAAAAUGUAUAUAUUGAAAGAGUCAUAAAUAAAGACUACAAUGAGUUAUAAUAGAAUCUUUGAAUGUUAAACAAAUUUAAUAAUUACUUUCUCUCUGAAUUUUAUCCAUAUUUUAAUACUGCCUAUACUAUAAAUCUUUGUCAUUUAAUUGAGCAAGUAUCAGUUAUUUGAAAGACUUCUUUACAUAGAAUAGACAUCAACAUUUGAAUAUAUGCUAGAUUACAGCGAUUAAAGUUAAUUAAUACAUUGUAGAAAAAAAUUUCAAUUUUUACACUUAUCAAUUUGGCUUGUACAAUGUCGAUCUUGACUUGUGCCAGAGUAUUGUCAUUUUUUUGCAGCACAUGCGAACCUGCUCUGUGCCAUAAACUAUUCUUCAUCCGCAUUAAGAAAAGCAGAACUUUUCCUCGACUAGUUUGAAACUAAUCAAAAUUAAGCCUUAUUUGCUUUGAUUUAGUAUAAUAAUCCAUCAUCUCUAACACCAUCAUAUAUUGAUAUCUUCCUUAAAUUAAUAGUUAUUUAUCAUUAAUUUUUAGUACAGUUCCUACAUCAGGAACUUAUGCCAUGAAAUAUCAUGAUAUAGAAACAUGAUGUGUUCAUUUCUUCACGCACACGAACAAUAUAUUCGAAAAUCUUAAUAAUUUAAUGUG